CACUGCCACUGUACCCGUGACGAGCUGCUGCUGCUAAGGGACACGCGCGCGCGCGUACACGCGAACAGCAGUGUCACGAGCACGACCGACGGCCAUGGCGAGCGGCGACCCGAAGCCGGACGAAAACUACUCCUCCGAUGGCGGUGACACCACCGACGCCGAGUCCUCCGACGAGUCCCCGCAUCAGCCGCGGAGGGGCCCCCGCGCCAACCCCAUACUGACGCGCCUCUCCGUGUCGCGGAAUCCGAGCCCGCUCUCCGCCGCCACCGCGGCGCCUGGGGUCUGCCUCCUCCGCUUCGCCUGGGAGUCGGCCGCCGGUUCCCUCGUCGGCGCCGUCGUUGGAUAUGGAAAAGGUUUGGUUACUACAAAAGGGUUUAAAGGCUCAUUUGCUGACGCUGCCUCUUCUGCUAAGAUAUUUGCUGUUCUUGCCGGCGUUCAAAGCUUGGUUUCUUGCUCUUUGAGAAAGCUACGUGGCAAAGAUGACGUUAUUAACGCAGGAGUUGCAGGCUGUUGCACUGGCCUUGCUUUGAGUUUUCCAGGUGCACCGCAAACUCUGAUUCAGAGCUGUCUGGCCUUUGGAACUUUCUCGUACAUCAUAGAAAAGCUCAAUAGGCAGCAACCUGCGCUUGCGCUACCGUCAGCCGCUGGCCUGAAGGAUCUGAAGGCUGGCCCGAGUGUUCUUCCCCCCUUCACGCUUAACAUGCCGCACGAUGCGAUGGAAGGUUUCUCUUCGUUUCAAAACUUUUUGUCAAAGUUCCGAGAAAGCUGAAGGACCUGGGGGCAUGAUACUUUGAUAUCUGUCCAUGUAAAUGCAUCGAGCUGAGCUUUUUGUUUCCAGUUUAGUGUAUCGCGAAGGAUGAUCAUUCUACUCUGCCUUUGAACAGUUUUGCAAAUUACCCUCCAGAAGGAAAUCAGCUUAGCUGGUGUCCAACCUGAUGAAUAAUCGUGUAUAACCUGGGCAGCAGAUUGCCUGAACCUUUGUGAUAGUCCUUUACUAGCGAAUUCUCUUGUAUAUGACGGGUACUCGGUAAUGUUUCAUCAGGUCUCAGAAUAAGACUAGACUGAUAAUUAUCAAGGAUUGUCAUUUUAUUUAAA